CGGACCUUCUCCGGUAGUACGGCGGCAGCAUCAGCAUCAUGGGGAACGCGCCGGGUACGACUCUGGAGGAGCUGAGCGCGUGCGAAUCUCAUCAGUGGUACCGGAAGUUCAUGACCGAGUGUCCGUCCGGCCAGCUCACCUUCUACGAGUUCAAGAAGUUCUUUGGCUUGAAGAAUCUGUCAGAAACAUCAAACGAGUACGUCACGACCAUGUUCAAGACGUUCGACAUGAACGACGAUGGUUGUAUUGAUUUCAUGGAGUAUGUAGCAGCUCUGAGUUUGGUCCUGAAGGGUGGCGUUCAGCAGAAACUGCGCUGGUACUUCAAACUCUACGACGUGGACGGCAGCGGCUGCAUCGACCGCGAGGAGCUGCUGCUCAUCUUCAAGGCCAUUCGAGCCAUUAGUGGAGGAGAGCAGGAGAUCUCGGCUGAAGAGUUCACAGACAUGGUGUUUGACAAGAUCGACCUCAAUGGAGACGGUGAGCUCUCUCUGGAGGAGUUUAUGGAGGGUAUUCAAGGAGACGAGGUGCUGUUGAAGAUGUUGACCCAGAGUUUGGAUCUGACGCACGUCGUCAAAAAAAUCUACAGCGACAUUAACUCUGAGCAAGAUGUUCACUGAUCCCAGACCAAACGAUGAUCAAAAUGAUGAUGAUUUUACCUGUACUUACCAUGUUUUACUGUGUUACUCAGCUGGACUGAAAAUCGUACUGUAAUUUUGCAGAAUAACGUUAGAGACUGAAACUGGAGCAAACCAUGUUUAUUCAAGUGCACUUAUAAACACUAAAACCUUGAAUCAUUCCUAUAAAAAACAUUCUUCAGUCCUGCGAUGUGUAAAUAUAAAUGGAAUAUGUUAUUUAUGAAAAAUUAAAAUGCAGUAUUGUAUUCUGUAGGGUAUAUAUUUAUAAUAUUAUUGUCAUUUUACACUUGGAUUGUCUUUUCAAAAUAAAACAUAAAAUCUGUUUUGCAUGUAGAGUAAUAACUAUAAACAACCUC